UGAUCUGUCCUAUGUUUGGUUUCCAUUCCCGAGUAAUGUGCGGUAGUGUUAAUUUGUGGUUAUUAUAUUUAAAAAAUUAAAUAAUUAGACGACGUACAGAAUUUCAGUCUACGGAUGAUGCUGCGUCAUGCGAUUCUUCGAUGACGAUGACGUCCGAGUAAUCGGCAUGGUUGUUGGUAGAAUUUUUAUUUGUAAUUGAAGAGGUUCUGUACACGCAUUCGGGCGUGUAGAAUUAGUACAGAAAAAGGUACGGAAUAAUUGAAACAAUCAGUGCAAAAGCAUACCUCGUACCAAUCAUAUAUCGUUUAUUUUAUUUCAUAUCCGAUCAUAUAUAUUUUCAUACCACAACACCAUCUCCUGGCCGUAUACAUUUACUACUGUGUUUAUUAAACGAAAAUUAUUAACCUCGACCUGGAUCACGACCCCAACCUCAACUUCGAACUCCACGUCGCCGUCAGUUUCUGCUUCUGAGGCUAAAACGGCGAAUAGUCCAAGUAUUUCUUUGAAUUCGAUGCAGAAUUCGUCUGUCAAUUUACAGUUCUUUGUAUUAUAAUCGCGAAGUACAGAAGAAUGGCAGACUUUAUAGAUUCAGAGGCAGAGGAAAGCGAGGAGGAAGAGGAGCUUGACCACGUUGAGAAGAAAAAAUUAAAAAAACUUAAAGCUGUUGAAGAAAGUGAUGAAGAUGAUGAAGAUGAUGAAGACCGGCUUCGGGAAGAGCUGGAUGAUCUAAUAGAUGACAAUCCUAUAGAAGAAAGUGAAGGUGAAGACAGCGAUGCUUCUGGUGGCUCAAAAAAACGCAAAAAAAGUGAUGACGAGGACUUCGAUGACAGAUUGGAGGAUGAGGAUUACGAUCUUAUUGAGGAGAAUCUGGGUGUCAAAGUUGAGAGGAAACGUUUCAAACGUCUGCGUCGAAUACAAGAUGAAGAGUCCGAGGAAGAACACGAGCAGGAAGCGGUAGAAGAGAGGGAUGCUAUUGCCAAUGAGCUGUUUGAAGGCUCAGGUGACGAAGAUGAGAGAAGGAGCGAACGCAGUCAUAGGCCGGAACCAGAAAAUUUUGAUGAGGAGGGCAGUGAAGGAGAGUAUUCUGAUGCAGAUGACUUCAUUGUUGAUGAUGAUGGACGACCAAUUGCUGAGAAACGGAAAAAGAAAAAGCCAAUCUUCUCGGACGCUGCAUUGCAAGAGGCGCAGGAUAUAUUUGGUGUUGAUUUUGAUUAUGACGAGUUUGGCAAAUAUGGGGAAGAAGAUUAUGAAGAGGAAGAGGAAGAUGAUGAGGAAGAUGAGUAUGUUGAUGAUGAUGGUGACGGGGAGCGCCCCAGGCGUCUCAAAAAGCCUCCAAAGAAGAAGCCGACACGGAAGAGUAUCUUUGAAAUAUAUGAACCUAGUGAACUCAAACGGGGUCAUUUCACUGAUAUGGAUAACGAGGUUCGAAAUACCGAUAUACCAGAAAGAAUGCAAUUGCGUUCAGUACCAGUUACGCUAGUACCUGAAGGAUCAGAUGAAUUAGAUUUGGAAGCAGAGUGGAUUUACAAACAAGCAUUUUGUCGUCCGUCAAUAUCCAUUCAAGAUUCCCACCUAAAUGCUGAGGCUAAAGAAAGGGCGCGAAAAGGGCCACAAACUGUAGGCAAAAUCAAGAAAGCUUUAGACUUCAUGAGAAACCAACACUUUGAGGUCCCGUUUAUAUCAUUUUAUAGAAAAGAGUACGUUUUGCCUGAGCUGAACAUAAAUGAUCUGUGGAAAGUCUAUAAGUUUGACAUGAAAUGGUGCCAACUUCGUCAGAGAAAAGAUAAUUUAUUAAAAUUGUUUGAGAAAAUGAGGAAUUAUCAAUUAGACGAGAUAAUGAAAAAUGCUGAGGCACCAUUACCUGAGGGACUGCGAUUGAUAAAAGAUGAUGAUAUUGAGCGGUUGAAAAAUGUUCAAACUAGCGAAGAGUUGAACGACGUUCAUCAUCACUUCAUGUUGUAUUACAGCCAUGAAAUCCCAGGUAUGCAGGAGGCUGUCCGGCAGAAAGAGAAAGAAGCUCGUAUCGCAGCUCGAAUAGCUAAGAGAAAACAACAGAUUGCCGAAGCUGAGGAGAACGGUGAGGAUCUUCCACCAGAAGACAUUGAAAUUGAUGAGGAAGAAACCACAGAUGAGACUCUCAAACAAGCUGUAAGAACUGGACCAUAUACGAUAUGCAGGAAAGCCGGGCUUGAUGGUCUUUCCAAAAAAUUUGGUCUGUCCCCUGAACAUUAUGCUGAGAAUCUUCGUGACAAUUAUCAACGUCAUGAAGUCGAUCAAGAGCCAACAGAACCAUUAGUUGUGGCCAACGAUUACUGCGGUCAAAGAUUCAAAUCCCCAGAGGAAGCAUUGAAAGCUGCACAGUUAAUGGUCGCCAUUCAACUUGCACGGGAGCCACUCGUUCGAAAAUCUGUUAGAGAGAUGUACAUGGAAAGAGCAAAACUUUCUGUUACACCUACUAAGAAAGGAAUCAAGGAAAUUGAUGAGAAUCAUCCCAUUUACACAAUGAAGUAUUUGAAGGACAAGCCUGUGCGGGAUCUUGUUGGCGAUCAAUAUUUGAAAUUAAGUAUUGCCGAAGCGGAUAAACUUAUCACUAUAACUCUUAGCGACACAAUCGAGGGUAAUACGAGUAAUAAUUAUGUUGAUGAAAUGAAGCAACUCUACUAUCGGGAUGAGUUCAGCAAAAACGUUCAGGAUUGGAAUGCGUUAAGAGUAGGAAGUGUUGAGAUGGCGUUAACAAAAAUGGUGAUUCCUGACUUGAAAAAAGAGUUGAAGGCAAAUCUAAUAUCCGAGGCAAAAGAAUGCGUUAUGAGAGCCUGUUGUCGCAAAAUGUACAACUGGAUCAAAGUAGCUCCAUAUAGUUGCGAUUUUCCCGAAGAAGAAGAUGAAGAGUGGGAUACCAGCAAAGGAUUGCGCGUAAUGGCAAUUUCUUACGUUCCCGACUACUCCCAGGCAGCAUUUACGUGUCUUAUAGCACCUGACGGCGAGUGCACUGAUUAUUUACGGCUACCCCACUUGAUGAAACGAAAGAACAGUUUUAGAGAAGAUGAAAAAACGAUGAAGGAAGCAGAUUUACUUGCAAUCCGUAAUUUUAUUGCAACCAAAAAACCUCAUGUUAUUGUCGUGGGUGGCGAAUCAAGAGAGGCUAUGAUGGUGGUGGCAGAUAUCAAAGAGUGUAUAAAUAACCUUGUUGAAGAGGAACAAUUUCCAAUGAUCCAAGUAGAGAUAUGUGACAACGAACUCGCCAAAAUCUACUCAAAUAGUAACAAGGGGAUUUCGGAAUUCAGAGAUUAUCCAGAAUUACUUAGAGAAGCAAUUUCAAUGGCACGACGUAUGCAAGACCCUUUGGUUGAAUUUUCACAGCUGUGCACUGCCGAUGAAGAAGUUUUGUGUCUUAAAUAUCACCCCUUGCAGGACCAGCUACCAAAGGAGGAACUUUUGGAGAAUCUAUAUUUGGAAUUCGUUAAUAGGGUAAAUGAAGUUGGUGUCGAUGUAAAUAAGGCGGUUCAACAAGCAUACGCUGGUAACCUAGUUCAAUUUGUUUGUGGUCUUGGAGCGAGAAAAGGGCAAGCUUUGAUUAAAAUGCUCAAACAAACCAAUCAAAGAUUAGAAAACAGAACUCAGUUGGUCACCGCUUGCCACAUGGGCCCUAAAGUUUUUAUUAAUUGCGCUGGUUUCAUCAAAAUUGAUACAAAUAGUCUGGGAGAUAGUACUGAAGCUUAUGUCGAAGUGCUUGAUGGAUCUCGUGUUCAUCCGGAGACAUACGAAUGGGCGAGAAAAAUGGCUGUAGAUGCAUUAGAAUAUGAUGAUGAAGAUGCUAAUCCAGCUGGAGCUUUGGAAGAAAUUCUAGAGUCCCCAGAAAGAUUGAAGGAUCUUGAUCUUGACGCGUUUGCCGAAGAAUUGGAGAGACAGGGUUUUGGAAACAAGUGCAUCACGCUUUACGAUAUUAGAGCGGAACUUAACAGCAGAUAUAAAGAUCUCAGAGUGCCUUAUCAAUCUCUAAGUCCAGAGAAAUUGUUUGACGUUCUAACUAAAGAGACACCUGAAACAUUCUACAUCGGGAAAAUGGUUUUGGCAACUGUGUGCGGUAUAACCCAUCGAAAACCACAGGGUGAACAACUGGAUCAAGCUAAUCCUGUACGAAAUGAUGAGACAGGCCUAUGGCAAUGUCCAUUUUGUUUGAAAAAUGACUUUCCGGAAUUGUCGGAAGUAUGGAAUCAUUUCGACGCUGGAGCUUGCCCGGGAAAAGCGACUGGUGUUAGAUUACGGCUCGAUAAUGGAAUAUCGGGAUACAUUCAUAUAAAAAAUCUAUCCGACAAGCAUGUAGCAAACCCAGAAGAGAGAGUUGGGGUAGGACAGAUUAUCCAUUGUCGUAUAAUAAAAAUUGAAGUGGACAGAUUUAGUGUAGAAUGUACAAGUAAAAGUAGCGACCUCGCUGACAAAAAUCACGAAUGGAGGCCGCAGAGAGAUCUGUUUUACGACACAGAAGCCGAACUAAUGGAUCUCAAGGUAGAAGAGGAUGCGAAAAAAGCAAAACAACGUCAGACUUAUAUAAAGCGUGUUAUUGUUCAUCCGGCAUUCCACAAUAUUAGUUUUGCCGAGGCUGAAAAACUGAUGGACAAUAUGGAUCAGGGUGAAGCGAUUGUACGUCCGAGUAGUAAAGGUGCCGACCAUCUUACCGUUACCUGGAAGGUUACAGAUAGAAUUUGUCAGCAUAUCGACGUUAGAGAAGAGGGUAAAGAGAAUACAUUCUCCCUCGGUCAAAGUUUGUGGAUUGGUAAUGAAGAGUUUGAAGAUUUGGAUGAAAUUAUUGCUCGUCACGUCAACCCUAUGGCAGCACAUGCUAGAGAUUUGUUGUAUUUUAAAUACUACAAAGAUACGGAAGGUGGACUGAAAGAUAAGGCGGAAGAGUUGUUGAAGGAGGAGAAGAAAAAAAAUCCUGGAAAAAUACAUUACUUCAUCUCUGCUGCUAAGAACUAUCCCGGAAAAUUCGUUCUGUCUUAUCUACCCCGAGUUCGUUGUAGACACGAAUAUGUGACAGUCACACCUGAGGGUUUCAGAUUCCGGGGUCAAAUGUUUGACAAUGUCAACGCUCUGUUCCGCUGGUUCAAGGAACAUUUCCGAGAUCCUGUGCCUGGCCAAGGAACACCGAGCACUCCGCGCGGUGCUAUGACGUCAAGAACCCCUUACCACACCACCCCUGGUGUACAUAUGUCAAGUAUGAAUCAAGAGGCGAUACAAAGAGUAGCUCAAAAUUUGCCACAUCAUAUGUUACAUUCAUUAUCUCAAGUUGCAAACCAAACCCCGCAUCAUUAUCCCCCUCAUACUCCCGGUGCAGCGAGUGCAGGACCUUACGGAGGUAUGCACACUUAUCCAAAUACGCCUUACACUCCGUCCGGUCAAACGCCGUUCAUGACACCAUAUCAGACGCCCCAUCAAACACCCCAUCAUGGGCAACCAACGCCUAGAUAUGGUCAACACACGCCAAAUCAUCAUCAAGGACAAUUCUUACAUCCCAGCGCGCCUAGCGCAGUACCUUCUCACCACAGAAGCACCCCCUCUCAUCGUCCAACACCACAAAUAUCUACACCUACUGGUGAUCCAAUGGACUGGAAGAAGGCUGCUGAAGACUGGGCCCGACUAAAACAGACCACACCAAGAGCAUCAGGAAACAGUACUCCCAGAUACGAGGAUUCGAGGAAGACUCCUCGAGGUUACGAAGAUGGUUCAGGAAGAGCUACGCCUCGCAACAGACCACCAACUGCUCGGACACCAUCUUACAAAUCACCGCGCGGGACACCUCACACAAAUUCAAGUCCAAGAAGCAUGUCUCUCAGUGGAGAUGGUACUCCGCUUUAUGAUGAAAAUUGAUUACAGUCAAUCCAAUUUUUAUAUACAUUAUGGUUCCAUAUUCACAAUAGGUACCUUACCUAACGACACAAGCAGUGAAAUAUAAUGAUAACCAGACAUUUUUGACUACACGGUGUAAAAAAUAACAUUACACAAGUGUUUAAGAACAAUUGAUUGAGUAAUAAACGAUAAUAGAAUAAACGGUAAGAUAAUAUAAAA